AAUGGUUUCAAAAUUAUAUAAACGACUCAAUUUUUGGAUGAAAGUAGGAACAGGUGGAUCUUUUAGAAUUUAUGAGGAUAGCGUGAGGUUGUACAUGAAAAAAUGUAUAGAAAUGAGAUUUGUUUUUAAACGAAAAAUUCAUCGACCUCUGAUACAAAAACAUAUGAUGAUUCCUGAGGAUUUAGGGAUGCUAGAUGUCUAUAUUGCGCCUAGUAGAAGCUGUUUACCAUCUUUUUGGAAAACACCUGGUCAAAGAAUAAGAUUAGCAUGGAGAUGGUUUUAUCAUCAGAUAAUGGGAUGGUUUCAGAAAAAAUUGUUUGAAGAACGUAUUAGGCCUGUCAGAAUUGAUUUUAAACAGUUGCAAUUAACAAUAGGAAAAUUUUAUGAAAAAGUGAAUCAAGCUUAUGCAAACGGGGAUAUUAAAGAAAUAGACUCUAUAUGUGGCAAAGCUUAUGCUAAAACAUUAAAAUCUCAGAUUGCAAAACGACCUGAAGCGCUUCGAUUUAAAUGGGUGCUUCAUCGAAUGAUAAAGCCUCCAAAACUUGUUAGUUUUUCUCAGGCACAAGUAGAAAUUGAUUCUAAUAAGUAUCUUGCCCAAGCAGUUUAUAGAAUUCAUUCAGAACAAAGUUUGACAAUUUUUUCAGAUGGUUUAAAAAAAGAAGAAUUUUUAAAAGAGUUUAUUGAAUACUAUGUUUUUCAGUAUAAAACAUGGGUGUUGCCAUACAAAUGGUAUAUUUGGGGAAAAACAGUAGAAGCAUCACCCGAUGCUAUAAAAGUAAAAUUAUGGAAAAAAGAUGGAAAGAGUGUAAGAACGGUAAGAUUUUAA